AUGUACAUCACCCUCUACUACAUAGUCACCCGGCUCCCUGACUCCCUUCGCUUAGUCAGGGACCACUUCCUCUCAGUUUGCCCCACCACACUCACCGUUGACCUCCUCGAGGAGCGCCUCCUAGCAGCAGAGAAGAGCAUAGUCGCUGUAGGAGCCUCUCGUGGUGACCCUCGCACCCCCGUCUUUGAGGGGUGUUCCCCCUCCCCCCUCUUGCCCUCUGUUGCUUCUGCUGCUGCGGCCGACCUCGUUGGCUUCGAGUCGGUCGGCGCUGCGUCUGCCCCUAGUGGGAGACGCCGUACCGGCAAGGGCUUGGGGGGCAAGGGCGCUGGAGGGGCUGGCGGGGGCGGUGGUGGUGGAGGCAGUGGAGGGGGUGGGGUUGGUGGUGGGAGUGGUGGCGGGGGUGGAGGUGUCGGUGGCAGCAAUGGAGGCGGAGGAGGCGGCGGCGGUGGCGGAGGGAGCGGAGGCGGUGGUAAUGGCGGAGGCAGCGGAGGUGGCGGAGGCGGCGGCGGCGGCGGUGGAGCUGGUCGUGACUCUACGCAGAGGAGUGGUUCCGGUGGUGGUCCGCGCCAACAGCAGCAGCGCAGUCGUGAGACCCCGUCCCCCCAGCAGCUUCGUGAGUGGUACACUGGGCGUCAGCGAGGUGGGGGUACUGGUCCCUGCACCUACGUCCUCCGUACCGGCGACCGCGCUGGUGAGCUGUGCGGGGGACCGCACUCCACCCAGCGCUGCUUCGGCCGCCUGACGGACGCGUGGCGUCACCAGUUCCCUGACGCCACUGAGAUCCCUCGCUGGGGAGAACUGUCUAGGGCGGGGGUUGCUAUCUUUGAUUUUGAUUAUGAUGCUAUUCUUGCUGCCAUGUAUGCUAAGUCUACUAGUGAUGAGGGUGACUGUUACCUCUGA